CAACCAGAAGCCGAAUGGCAGGAUAUGAUCAACGAGGUGGAUGCUGACAGAAAUGGCACGGUAGGCUUCCCAGAGUUUUUGACUCUGAUGGCUAGAAAAAUGAAAGAUACAGACAGUGAAGAAGAAAUUCAUGAGGCAUUCCGAAUCUUUGACAAGGAUGGCAAUGCUUAUGUCAGUGCGGCGGAGCUACGUCAUGUCAUGACCAACUUAGGAGAAAAACUAACAGAUGAAGAAGUAGAUGAAAUGAUCAGAGAAGCAAAUAUUGAUGGAGAUGGGCAAGUCAACUAUGAAGAAUUUGUAUGGAUGAUGACUGCAAAAUGAAGUCCUACUUUCAACUCCUUUCCUCCCUUCUAGAAGAAUCAAAUUGAAUCUUUUACUUACCUCUUGCAAAAAAAAAAAAAGUUCAUUUACUCAUUCUGUUUCUAUAUAGCAAAACUGAAUGUCAAAAGUACCUUCUGUCCACACACACAAAAUCUGCAUGUAUUGGUUGGUGGUCCUGUCCCCUAAAG